CAACAAUAUAAUUCAUCAAUAUCCAUUUAUUUAGGUAAUAUUUCUGACAGAAAAUCACAAAUUAAACGUCAUGGCGACUAUUAUGCUUAUGGUGGUGGUGGUAUUCUAUUAAGUCGAUCAUUAGCAUCAUUAUUAUCAAAAUAUAAUCAACAAUGUAAAAAAUAUAGGAAUAUCUAUGGUGGUGAUGCAAUGAUUGGUAAAUGUAUUACUGAAAUAUUAAAUGUCAGUUUAAUAAAAAAUAGGAAUUUUCAACAAAUGGAUCAUAGUGGAGAUAUGACGGGUUAUUUUGAAAGUGGAAUUUAUGGGUUAGUAUCUUUACAUCAUAUGUUUUCAUUAUGGAAAUUAUUUCCCGAUGGAUAUGCUGAUAAAAUUAAUGAGACGAUGAGUCUUUUACAACUUGCUUAUAUGAAAUUUGAUAAAAAUUUCUUAAAGCGAUAUAUUCAAAUUAAUCGAAUAACUAAUCAAACAUUAUUAUUAACAAUGGGUUAUUCAGUUAGUUUAGUUAAUCGAAUAUUAUCUCAUGAAGAUUUACAGCAAGUUGAAAAUACAUGGAAUGGUAAUGAAAUGACAAUGAGAAAAUAUCGAUCGAAAGAAAAGAAUAAAACUACUUGAUCGAUUCGUAAAAUGACUCAACAUCGUAAACAACGUCGUGAUUCAUCGGUAUUCUUUAUCGGCACUCAUGAAAUCUUGUCGCAGCAACAAAAUGAUCAGUCAUAA